GUUUGGACCACUCGCUGCCCCUGCUUUCGGGUUCUAUCUUCUGCAUGACUACGCCUUCGACCCAUGAACGAUGAGGGUCGUGCUGCUCACUCCACUCUUCGUCUGCAGUGGUCGGGGCUCUGCCAAUUGGUAAGAUCAGGCCCAAAUAUCUCGUCUCCCGCUCGUGAUUCACGUCUGUCUUUCAUUCUCAGCUCUGCAUAUCAUCCAGCCUGUGCUGCUGCUAUGCUAAGUUGCUUGUUCGGUGAUACCGGUUGUGACAUUCUAGGAUUUGUUUUGAUACGAUUGCAAUUUCCCUAAUCACUGGCUUCAACGCGUUCCUCUGUUGCACAAAACAGCUUUUCGGUCUACCACCACAACCUAGAAAGGAAGGCCCCGAUAGUCUCUCGACGAGCAGGCCCUCUCAAAUAUUUGUUGAGCUCUUCGACUUUAUCGGGCACCCUAAGAUAUUUGAAGAAACACCUUGUCGGUGGGGCUGUACUUUGAAACCCCUCCGCCUUCAAAUGUUGAUUGUUGUUCGAGGCAGCUCGUGUACCAUAUAGACCCCGCCGCUCGUCGAGUAUUCCUUCUUGCCCUAGAACAUUAACAAAACUAUCCGCUUGAGCAAUCGAAGCACGACGACCCUUUCCCUAACAAAUACGCGAGACCAGGCCAGCACAUUAUCUCCGCCUAUCCCCUUGUGGAUGAGACACUGAAGACUUGUGUCAUUGAACUUGGGAUUACUGUCAACCUCCCAACACCCCAAGAUCUAAAUGGGUCGCUUCCCAUGGAGCCAGGGACAUUCCAAGCAAAGCAGCGACAGGUUGCAUGCGGUUACCAGUGACUGGUUUUCAAAGGACAAUGCUGAACCGUCAGGUCAAGCCUUGAACGACUUAAUCAAAGAAUACUCAACUGCCGAGUCAGGAAAUCCUGAAAUAUCACCUCAAGCUCGAGUAAGAUCGCGGACGAACACCGUCACUUCAUCAUUUUCUGCCUAUACGCGGUCUCUUUCGGAUGCGUCGAAUGAGAUGGCCUCCAGGCCUUCCUCUCGACAGAGUUUCGUCGACGGUGGAAUGCCGCUGACCGAGCGCCAAGAAAGCGCUGCGAAGACGUUGCUGAACAAAGGCACUCGCAUGUUGAAACGGCAAGGCAGUAAGCUCAACCUUCUGCCUUCCCAGAUCGAAGAGAGAUCAAGUAGCCUCCCCGAAGCAAGGGCUGCUGAGAUGGCUCCCAUGAAGGGUCUUCAACGCCAGCCCACGCUGAUCUCCAGACGAUUAAAACGAAGUAUCUCAGGGCCCUUUGCUUUCCAACAUUUGACUCACGGAGAUCAAGCCCAGUUCCAGAGUCUGGAUUCAGUUAGCAAGACAGACCUCACCUCAGAAUUCCACGCCGUCCAUGCAGACCAGCAACCGGUCGGCCAGAUUCGUGGGAUACCAGUCACGGACCUUCCUGUGAACGGUGACGAACCAAAGAUCCAUGUUGGAUUUGACGAGCCAACUUCGCCGACUACCAAUGCCAUUCCUUACCUACCAACAACCCCAACCCGCCCAAGCCCUCCACCAAAGGAUACCUUCAUGCCGCCAUACAGUCCUUCCGACUUUCGGCUGUCUCGCUCGAUGGAGAAUUUCUCUCGGCCAACAAGACUAUCUGUAGCAGCAGUUGAUAUUUCUCCUUCUUCGGACACAAGCAAGAGGCUGUCUGCCAUGAGCCCUAUCAGUCAUGCCAGAGCUCUCGCCAAGCCGCUCCCACACUUGCCAAAUGACCAAGUUGUCCAUGCUGUUUCAACUAGAGACGACAUUGCACUCCCUCUCCGCACUGCUCCACUGCCGUCGCCUCCAAGGACAUUAAUGGAAGUCGUUGAAGAAGAGAAUACGGAGGAGAAGCUCGUGCCAGAGGCAGUUGAUACCUCUGUCCAACCACCAGUUGCAGAUACCCCCGCUUCACCUUCGAGCAAACAACGUAAGCGGCGAAGUCAAUCAUCCGGUGAAAUUCAUUUCGAUGCUAUCUCCUAUACCUCGCCGUGCAGGACGUCGAAUCAAGAAAAUACCAGCUCCGAAGAUACAGGAGCGGAAGCAAGUCCCAAAUCCAAGAAUCGAUUUUCCGUUGGUGUGAAGCCUAUCGAUAUUGAGGAUUGGGAGGAUGCCAUCGAUUAUUCAUGGGAACAUGCCACAGAGUUUGAAGAGGAUGGUGGCAACCACGCUUCAGCUGCAAUCCCCGAUCGACCUAGCACUCUGAUCAUACCUCCGGAGAAUUAUUUAGUGGUGGAGCAACCAUCUCUCGACGAAGUAUCUUCCUCGGCUUCGACUCCAUUGACAAUGCAAAUGCCCUGCAACCCUUCUCGGGACGAGAGCGGCCCUGGUCGUCCCCGGCUCGAUCAGGAACCGUCAUCACCACUGCUUGGGCUUGGGAUUGAGUCUUCGAAGUCAGUCCCCACCGUCUCAUUGGAAGAAGCAGCAGUCAGUGAUUUUCACCGACCGCAGGACAAAUUUGCCUCGACAGACGCCUUCCGUUCUCGGGCGAUGCGAAGUCCCGUCUCCACGAUGAGCAAGUCGAGCUCUCAGGAAAGCAUUAUUGCCUCGAUUUUCGGCACACACCGGUCAUCGAAUUCCAGUACGAGUCUGUCCGAUCUCGCCCAUCUGGCUAGCUUCGGCAACUCGAUGGAAAGCCUCAAGCUCGAUCUUCAAGAUUUCGGGGCCAGCGUCGAAAAGCACUUCCGAGAAGGGAGCCAAGACACGAUACGGGAAGGAUCGCAGAGCAGCAAGACGGCAGACUCUCAAAUCCUUGAACCUGUUGGACCUUUCACUACAUCUCCGACAAUCAAACAUGACCGGGGCGUUUCUGCGUCUCAGAUUCCCGUGCCCGAGAGAAAGUCGUCGAUGCCAGGAGUCGAACUCUCGAAGGCUCAGGUUGGCCGCAAACGAGCCACCACGGCAACUUCUCGGCCUCGGCGUAACACCCGCGUCUCCUAUUCUCUAUUCCCUACAAACGCAGCCACCUGAUGGCUGCUUGUCGACAGCAAGCUAUGAUGUCUACCUGGAAUAUCUCUGGCUCAGCCACGUUUACUUUUUUUUGAACUAUUCACCGUUUCGUUUCUACCGGACUUUAUAUUACGAUUUAAUGAUUGGGUGUCUUCACAAAACACCAUGAACGAUUAUGAUUCAAGACGAAUAUUUCUGAAGGACGAAUUUACUUUGGGGUGUGUCAAUUCCAUGGCGGAUAUGGCUGGGGAACGGGGCUCAGGAUACAAAAAGAGGUUAUGGCGCGAGAAAAAAAUAAAGUCGGUCGGUCGGUCGGUCGCGAGGCAUAUACUGGCCACAAAAUUUUCCUGGGGUAAACAAAAAUUGGACUUGGACAAGAUUCUCUCUGAAUUUUCGACAGGGGAACAAGGUUGAAGGGGAUUUUUGGAAGAGCCACAGGUCUUGACAAUUGUCGGUGAAUGAGUCCUCCGUACCUUGGUUGGACUCUUUGGCACACGCGCAAGGAUUCCAAAUCCUUGUCGCGGGCGCUUACGCAAAAUGCAGGAAGAUAUACGAACAGCUUACGAGCUUGCUCUGUUGAUGUACCUUGCAAGAAGCUAAACUAGCUUGUUAUCUUCUUUUUGGAGGCUCCUCUUCGGUGCACUCCGUCCAAAUCUUCAAGUACGUAAAAACCAG